AUGGCCCGCAACCAAGUUCGAUCGAAUGUGGCCCGCUUGGGCCGCACCAAGGCCUUCCAGAAGAAGGGCGGCUACAAGAACAUGGAGCGUCAGGGCGCCAAGAAGGUUGAGGAAGAGACUCCCGCUCACAAGGAAGUCCCUGUCAAGGGUGCCAAGAACGGCAGCAAGCGUCUCGUCCCCACCCAGAAGGCUCCUCGCUUCUACCCCGCCGAAGACGUUCGUGUCCCCAAGGCCAACCGCAAGGUCAACAAGCAGACCAAGCUCAAGCCCACCAUCACCCCCGGAACCGUUCUCAUCCUCCUCGCCGGUCGUUUCCGUGGCAAGCGCGUCGUUUUCCUCAAGCAGCUCGACUCGGGUCUUCUCCUCGUCACUGGUCCUUUCAAGGUCAACGGUGUUCCCAUUCGACGUGUUAACCAGGCUUACGUCAUUGCCACCUCGACCAAGAUUGAUAUCGCCGAUGUUAAGGUUGACGAAAAGAUCAACGACGCUUACUUCAAGAAGGAGAAGGCUGCCAAGGUCAAGGCUGAGGCUAGCUUCUUUGCUGACCCUGCUAACAAGCAGGCUCACCCCGAGAGCAAGGUUGCCGACCAGAAGAACUUGGACAAGGCCGUGAUUGCUGCUGUUAAGAAGGCUGGCCCUACUAUGGCCAAGUACCUCGCUGCUACUUUCUCGCUUUCCAAGGGUGAGAAGCCUCACGCUCUCAAGUUCUAA